GUCCCUGAGUUUCACGCAUGCGCGCAGUGCACAGAAGGCUUUGAAAAUGUCGGUUGCAGGUUAAAAAUGAGAAGGAAUUCAUCUCCAGGAAGCUCAAAAACGACACGCCAGUUUUGUUGUCUCUGCCUAGAUACUUAAGAAGUGGAGCAAGGGAUCCAAUUGUCCACCCUUCCUGCUCAGACUGUGGGGAGGAAUUCACUCGGUGAUUUUGACCAACUGGCACGCCCAUCAUUUUACACAGGAAAAAGGACAUUCACCUGCCCAGACAGUGGGAAUGGAUUCACUCGGUCAUCUCAACUAAAGGUACAUCAGCAAGUUCACACUGGACAAGGCCAUUUACCUGUUCUGUGUGUGAGAAGGGGUUCAGUCGGUCUUCCCACCUGUGGACACACCAAUCAGUUCACACCGGGCAGAGGCUGGUCUUCUGCUGAACUUCUGGGUAAGGAUUCACUCUGUCAUCUGAACUAAUGGCUCACCAGCGAGUUCACACUGGGGAGCGGCCGUUCACCUGCUCAGUCUGUGAGAAAGGAUUCACUCUGUCAUCUACCCUACUGGUACAUCAGCGAAUUCACACUGGGGAGAAGCUGUUCACCUGCUCAGACUGUGGAAAGGGAUUCACACUGUCAUCCCGCCUACUGGUACAUCAGCAAAUUCACACUGAGGAGAAGCCGUUCACCUGCUCAGUCUGUGAGAAGAGAUUUACUCAGUUAUCCAACCUACAGAGUCACCAGCGAGUUCACACUGGGGAGAAGCCAUUCACCUGCUCAGUCUGUGGGAAAGGAUUCACUGACUCUUCCACCCUGCAGAGACACCAGCGACUUCACACUGGGGAGAAGCCGUUCACCUGCUUAUUCUGUCGGAAGAGAUUCACUCAGUCAUCCACCCUACAGAGUCAUCAGCGAGUUCACACUAGAGAGAGGCUCAGAAUAUGGGAAAGGAUUCACUCAGUCAUCCCACCUCUUGGCACACCAGUCAGUUCACAGUAAGGAGAGGCCAUUGUUAUGAAUCCUUUGGUUUUGUUUGCUGUAGACUGUCAUUUUAAGAGA